AAACAUGAAGCAUUGUUGGGCAAUCGGAACUCUACUCUUAGCAAGUGUCCUUAUGGGCAAUGCCUGUAGACAUACUUGCGUUUCUCGGAAUCUUUGUUUGUAUGAGGAGCCAUCAUUUGAUUACCGCCACGGUACUUGUGGCAAUAACAAAAUUUGCUGUGCAAUUCUCCGAAAGCCUGUAGGUGAGAUUUCAAUUAAACCAAAUGGCCCCGAAGAUAAAAAGGUUGGAGUAAACGGAAUAAAUGUACAACCAUCGCCUACACGCGGACCCACAAGGGAUCGUAACGAAUUCGAUUUGAAUGCUUGGUAUUCAAUACCAAACGGUGGGAAUCCAACAACCAUCGUUGGGCAUCCAACAAACAACGGAGGGAACCCAACAAGCAACGUAGGGAAUCCAACAAACAACGGAGGGAACCCAACAAGCAACGGAGGGAAUCCAACAAGCAACGAAGGGAAUCCAAAAAACAACGGAGGGAAUCCAUUGUCUUUCGGGGGGCGCCCAACAAACAACCUUGGGUAUCCCACAACCAACGGAGGGAACCCAAAAAUCAACGGAGGGAACCCAACAAGCAACGAAGGGAAUCCAACAAACAACGGAGGGAAUCCAACGUCUUUCGGGGGGCGCCCAACAAACAACCUUGGGUAUCCAACAAACAACGGUAGGCACCCAACAUCCAAUGUUGGAAGCUUAGAUCCUUUUUCACCAGGUUGCGGCAUGAGCAACGCAAAUGGCUUGCUAAUGAUAGAAGGAAUCACCACGGAUCAAGCACGACCAGCUCAGUAUCCCUGGGUUGUUGCACUUGUCCACAAUGGAAUGUACUUGGGUGGCGGAUCCCUGAUUCAACCAAAUGUCGUUCUAACAGCAGCUCACCGGUUAAGUUCAGUCGAAAGCGGUCUUGCGGUCAGGGCCGGCGAUUGGGACUUGGCAUCCGAUCUGGAGACAUUUUCAUCUGAGUUGCGCGAAGUGACAAGGGUGGUAAUCCAUGAAGGAUUUAACUUCACAUUGGGUGCCAACAACUUGGCGUUACUUUUCCUCAAAUCGCCCUUCAAACUGAGUGACCACAUUAGAACUAUCUGUUUGCCUACACAAAAUAAGUCGUUCGAAGGACGUCGUUGCACGGUGGCCGGUUGGGGCAAAAUGAGAUUUGAGGAUCAAAGAUACUCCACCGUUAUGAAAAAAGUUGAGUUGCCCGUGGUAAACCGGACUGUAUGCGAGAAUCUCUUGAGGUCGACCAGGAUGGGCGUAAACUAUCAGCUGCCCGAGAACAUCAUUUGUGCCGGAGGCGAGAUGAGACGCGAUGCCUGCACCGGGGAUGGAGGAUCGGCCCUGUUCUGUUCAAUCGGAGGGGAGAACUCUGGUGUCUACGAGCAGGCUGGAAUAGUAAGCUGGGGCAUUGGAUGCGGCCAGCAGAGCAUUCCGGCCACAUAUACGGAGGUGUCGAAGUUCACAAAUUGGAUUGCCGAGAAGGUACUGCCAUUUGAUUACAGGCGUAGGCCAGUCAUAGAAUACUAAAUGAUUCAAUAAAUGAUAAAAGCGCUUUAAA